AACUGUCACUAUGACUUCAUUAGAAACACAACCAUUUGUCAAUAAUACUGUCAAUACUAACACCAGUAGUAAUAUUCAACAGGCAGUACAAAAUUCAACUAGUAAAUAUACAGAGAAUUAUGUAAAUGCUGUAAAUAUGUUUCAUCAGUAUGAUGUUUUAGAGACAUCUUAUCAUUUAAUUGUUAGUCGUACAGAAUUACACUUUUGUGAUGAAACUAGAGAAAGUAAGUUAUUAGUCAAUUAUUAGUAUGAUUACUAUUAUUACUACUUUUAUUCUUAAAGGGGCAUUUUAUAAGUCAUAAUGUAGUAUCUAUCACUUUUAAGAAAACUAAACAACUUUAGGAUAAUACAAGUAACAACAUAAAAAUAUUAAACCCGUUUCACAAGAAGUGGCUGUCAUGACUCGAUGGUCUAGUGGAUAACGCCUAGACAUUUAUGGUGACCAGUCUCGGGU